ACCUGCGGACACAGGUUUAAGGGGAAGGGAUGGAGCCCCCGACCUGGCUCCCAGCUCCGUGGAGGUGUUCCCAGAGGCUGGGGAAGACCAAACAUAGCCUGCUGUCUCUAAGCCCAGCGGCCUGAUAGCUGUCCUCCCUCACCUCCCUGUCUGUGGCCAGGAGGGUCCAGCCUCAGGGGACCCUUUUCUCCUGGAUAUUGAAGCUAUGACCCUUCAGAGGUGACCCAGGAAAGAAGAGAUGCAGACCUUUGCUCCUCCAGAGGAGGGUCCCCUCCAAGGACUUGUGGCGUCCCUCAUUGAGACUUACGGGGGCCGGCAUCAGGCCUCCAACCAGGGCUCUGCUGGCAGUCUCCAUUCCCAAGGAGGCCCUGGGCUGGAUCCCAGUCGCCGACGCCUCCAUGGCUACGUCCCCUUUGCCAAGGGCUCUGGCCAGGUCCGAGCCGUGUCUCCCCUGAAGUUGCGAGAACCAGAGCCUGAGAAGUGGCAUGGAGGCCAUUUUGUGGCUGGCCCACCACACUCCCCCAAACUCAAAGAAGUCACCAAGGCCCACCAGCUGGAGGUGAGGCUGCAUACAUUCAGCAUGUUUGGGAUGCCCCGCCUGCCCCCUGAGGACCGGCGGCACUGGGAGAUAGGAGAGGGCAGAGACAGCGGCCUGGUCAUUGAGAAGUCCUGGAAGGAGCUGGUGCCUGGGCACAAGGAGAUGAGCCGAGAGCUUUGCCACCAACAGGAAGCGCUUUGGGAGCUGCUGACCACCGAGCUGAUCUACGUGCGGAAGCUCAGGAUCAUGACUGAUCUCCUGGCCGCCGGCCUGCUGAACUUGCAGCGAGUGGGACUGCUGACCGAGGUAUCAGCUGAGACCCUGUUUGGAAAUGUCCCCAGCCUGAUUCGAGCCCACAAGAGCUUUUGGGAGGAGGUGCUGGGACCCACCCUGGGGGCGACUCGAGCCUCAGGCCAGCCUCUGGACCCUGUCAGCCUGCAAAAUGGCUUCUUGACGUUCAGCCAGCGGUUCCAGCCCUAUGUCCAGUACUGCCUACAAGUGAAGCAGACCAUGGCUUAUGCCCGGGAGCAGCAAGACAAUAAUCCUCUCUUCCAUGCCUUUGUGCAGUGGUGUGAGAAGCACAAGCUCGCGGGGAGGCAGACGCUGGGUGACCUGCUCAUCAAACCCCACCAGCGCAUCACCAAGUACCCACUGCUGCUCCAGGCUGUGCUUAAGAAGAGUCCUGAGGCAUGCACCCGAGAGGCCCUGAACGCCAUGAUUGCCGCUGUGGAGUCAUUCCUGCGACACAUCAAUCAACAGGUCCGCCAGGGCGAAGAGCAGGAGAGCCUGGUGGCUGCAGCCCAACGCAUCGGGCCCUACGAAGUGCUGGAGCCGUCCAGUGAGGAGGUGGAGAAGAACCUGCGUCCGUUCUGCACCCUGGACCUGAUGUCCCCCGUGCUGGGGGUUGCUUCUGAGCACACCAGGCAGCUGCUGCUGGAGGGACCCGUGCGAGUGAAGGAGGGGCGAGAAGGAAAGCUGGACGUGUACCUCUUCCUCUUCUCUGACGUGCUCCUGGUGACCAAGCCCCAACGCAAGGCAGACAAAGCCAAGGUCAUCCGCCCCCCACUCAUGCUGGAGAAGCUUGUGUGCCAACCACUACGAGACCCUAACAGCUUCCUGGUGAUCCAUCUCACUGAAUUCCACUGUGUCUCCAGUGCCCUCAUCGUGCACUGUCCCAGUGCUGCAGACCGUGCCCAGUGGUUAGAGAAGACUCAGCAGGCCCAGGUCACCCUGCAAAAGCUGAAGGCAGAGGAGUAUGUCCAACAGAAGAGGGAGCUCCUGGCUCUCUAUCGGGACCAGGACCAGGAGUCCCCAGGCACCAGGCCCUCCUCGCCUUCCCCGGAGGGCUCUCAGAGCAGCGCAGAAAGGAGGACUCCUGAGUUCUCGACCAUCAUCCCACACCUGGUGGUGACAGAAGACACAGAUGAAGACUCUCCGUUGGUACCAGAUGAUACCUCAGACUCUGGCUACAGCACCCUGAUCCCAGGCUCCCCCAAGGGGCCCCACUAUGUGAGCCAUCUGCGCCCACAGGCCCUUCGGCGUGACCCUCGCCUCACCUUCUCCACCCUGGACCUCCGAGAUGUUCCUCUGCGCCCUCAGCCUCCUAACCCCCAAGCUCCCCAACGCCGAAGCACCCCUGAACUGCCAAGGGAAGUUAUCCAAAGAGGAAGCAGCCUUCCCAGGGGAGAUCAACCAACCUGGUCUGAGGAAGAAGAUGGGACCUCAGUGGGAGGGAAUGUGGUAGCGGAAACCUUGCAUCGGGCCCGACUUCGGGGACAGCUCUCCCCAUCCCCGACCCACACAGACUCUGCUGGGGAAAGCCCCUGGGAGUCCUCAGGGGAUGAGGAAGAGGGGUCCCUCUUCCUGGGACCUGGCUGCACCCUCUCCCCCCACCCCCUCCGGGCUGAGGAUAUGCUCAGAGAGAUCCGGGAAGAACUGGCCAGCCAAAGGAUCGAGGGCAUCCCUGAGCCUAGGAACGGCAAGCCUCGGAAGCUGACCCGGGGCCAACUGCAGAGGAUGCGUGGGCCCUACAUCAUACAGCUGGACACCCCCCUGUCCACAUCAGAGGUGUGAGGGACACUCAGGACCUUUGGCAUUUCUCCCAGAGGAAAUCUCUCCCCGAGAGUGCUGGUCACCACCCCACCCCUGGACUCUACCUCAAAGACCACACUUUCCACUAAGAAGCCACUCCGCCUCUCCUGCUCAGAGGGCUUUGGGAUCAAGUGCUGUACAUUUUUGUACCAUAGACAUACCAGAGCCCCACAUAAA